UGCAUACAUAAGUGCAAACCUCGUAUGGAAAUCGCUCUAAGCCGAGGCGUAUAUGGUGUUCGGUAACCGACAUGCUGUCAAUAAUACCACGUAGACUAGUGAGGAAUACAACUUCCAUGGUUAGGUUAAACUUGAAUGUUUCACGAUUAUCAAGAUUCUCGACUUCGACGACGAUACAGCGCACAUUCCAAUAUGACGACACACUACCGCCAUUACCUGUGCCACCAUUGCAACAAACGCUCAGUAAAUAUAUAGAAUCUGUUAAGCCGCAUGUUUCACCAGCUGAAUUGGAAAACACUACAAGCAUUGUCAAGGCAUUUGGUGAUGGCAUUGGUAAAGAGCUUCACAUGAAGUUAUUGGAAAAAGCAGAAGCGGAAAGAAAUUGGCUUGAAGUUUGGUGGGAGAAUAUUGCGUAUUUGUCUGCUAGAGGUUCGACACCUCUUGGUGGAGCCAACCUUGGAUUUAUGUUUCCGCUCAUGGACCUGUGGCCAUCAAAGGAAGGCACACAAGUGGAGCGAUGUGCGUUGGUAUUAUGGAAUGUAUUGAAAUACUGGGAAAUGCUGAGAAAAGAGACGCUUCCAGUGGAAACUGAUCGUGAUGGAAACAAAAUUUCUAUGACCCAAUACCUGAGUCUGUUCAAUACAAGCAGAGUUCCAGGCACAGAGAUAGAUACCAUCGUACGAUAUUUUAAAACUGCAAAAGAAGGAAACUGUCCAGAUCAUAUUAUUGUCUUGAGAAAGGGUAACUUUUAUAGAUUCAAGGCCACGUACGAUGAUGGGAAAAUACUUUCUGCUCCAGAACUACAAAGGCAAUUACAAUAUAUCAAGAGCGCAUGUGAUAAUAAACCUAGUAUACCAAGUGUGGGUAUGUUGACAGCAUUGGACAGAACUGCAUGGGCGGAGGCGAGAACACACUUGCGCCAACUUGAUGCCAACAAUGAAUCUAUUCUUAAUGAUAUUGAAUCCAGUUUACUAAUGAUAAGCCUUGAAGAUACUUCAGCAAAAACAGAAAAAGAGAUUUCCGAACAAUGUCUAUAUGGUAAUGGCCAAGGCCGAUGGUUUGAUAAAUGCUAUACUCUUAUCAGUUUUGAAAAUGGAACAUUUGGUGCUAACUUUGACCACACUGUUAUCGAUGGAAUCUGUUUAGUGAAUCAUGUGUUCCAUACGCGUGACCGAAUUUCUUCGCAAGAUGGCAUCUGGAAGGGGUCAAUCGAGGCAAGAAAACUGCCAGAUCCACAUGGGUUAAAUUUCUCUGUGGAUGACUACAUAACCAAGACAAUUUCGAAAGCUGCUGAACAGUACCAGAAAGAGGCAGAGAAUGUUGAACUCACUAUCAACAGAACACAUUUUGACCGGGGUGUGUUGAAAUCCAAGAGAGUCCAUCCAGAUGCUUUUAUGCAGUUGGCAAUGCAAUAUACUUACUAUAAGAUGUACAACAGACCUGCUCCCACAUAUGAGACGGCAACAACUCGUCAGUUCUAUCAUGGCAGAACAGAAACAUUGAGAACAUGCACUGUGGAAGCAAUACAGUGGUGCAAAGCUAUGAUUGAUGUCAAUGUUUCACCAUCCGAUAGGUUUCAAUUAUUUCUGAAUGCAAUUAAUAAGCAUGUGCAGAUGAUGGAGGAAUGUAAAAACAAUGAGGGAUGUGAUCGACAUUUAUUGGGAUUACAAUUAAUUGCCUCCGAAAAUGGAAUCCCACUUCCAGAAUUGUAUAAGGACCCUGCCUAUGUUAAAAGUGGUGGAAAUGGUAGUUUCAUUUUAUCAUCAUCACUGACUGGAUACCAGGCAACAUUGGCAGGUGUGCCACCGAUGUGCACAAAUGGAUAUUCUGUAUUCUACUCUUUUCCAAAAAACGGGCUAACGUUAUAUGUAACAUCCUGGAAGAAAGAUGCGGAAACCAACGCUACGAUCUACAGGGAGAAUUUAGAGAAAACUGCAAAAGAAAUGUUGACGAUGGUUUUAAAUUCCGAUUCUUGA